GCCAGAGCGGCGGCGGCGGCAACGGAGUGAGGCAGCAGCGCGCCGCGCCGGCCCCCCCGCCACGCCGCGGCUGCCCCUGCCCGCCAUCGGCCUGCGGCCCGCGCCCCCGCGGCGGCACCAUGUCGGUGGAGCUGGAAGAAGCCGAUCUGCCUCUGACCGAGGCGGAGGAAGUGCCGCUCGCCCCGGAGAAGAAAGCGGCCGCUAAGAAGGCGAAAGGCGGCGGCGGCGGCGGAGGAGGCGGCGGCGGCGGCGGCUCCUCGCUGUCGCCGUCGAAGAAGAAGAAGAACAACAAGAAGAAGAACCAGCCGGGCAAAUACAGCCAGCUGGUGGUGGAGACGAUCCGCAAGCUGGGGGAGCGCAAUGGGUCCUCGCUGGCCAAGAUCUACAACGAGGCCAAGAAGGUGGCCUGGUUCGACCAGCAGAACGGCAGGACCUACCUGAAGUACUCCAUCAAGGCGUUGGUGCAGAACGACACCCUGCUCCAGGUCAAGGGCACCGGCGCCAACGGCUCCUUCAAGCUCAACAGGAAGAAGCUGGAAGGCGGCGGCGAUGGGGGCGCGGGCAGCAGUGCCCACAAGUCCCACAAGAAGGCGACGGCCUCCACGUCCCGGCGGGCGGAUAAGAAGCCAGUGACCAAGAGCAAGAAGCCCGAGAAGAAAUCCCACAAGAAGGGAGCCGGCGGCGCGGCGGCGAAGAAGGACAAGGGCAAAGCCAAGAAGGCCACCAAGAAGGGAGCCGCGUCCCCGGGGGGCAAGAAGGUGAAGAAGUCCGCAAAGCCCAAGGCGCUCAAGAGCAGGAAGGCAUGAGAGCGGGGCGCGGGGAGCCGCCCCCCGGACUGCGAGCCCCGCCGCACAGACUGCUCCGCGGAUGGACCCCAGGGACCCGCUUUGUCUUUGUGUCGCUGACUCGGCUCCGCAGCCGCCGCCGCCCGCGGUGAGCGGGGCCGCGGCCGCCCCCCCCCCCCCCCCCCCCUUUCCCCUUCUCCGGCGCCUUAUUUCCCCUCCCCCCCCACCCCGCGGCUUCUCCCCGAUCGCGCCCUUUUGUUUUCGGCCGUGCCCCUCCCCGCGUGUAAACGGUUCCCUACCCCCCCCCCCUUCUCCCCCUCCCCUCACCCCCCCCCCCCCCCCCCCCCCGGUGCUUCACAGGGUUUUUUCCCGCCCGGUUUCCAUAGCAGCCAUUUUGCGGCGGCGCCCCCGCUGCCCCCCGCGCCACGUGGGCCGGCUCCCGCCGCCCGGGCCCGCCCCGCCCCUCCCGCCGGGCGCACCGUGCCUGCCAGCCGCGAGUUCGAAAAGCCACGGCGCCCCCUAUUGGCUCCCGGCCCCCGCCGCCAUGGCAACGGCCCGUUGGGCGCCAAUUGGCUACCGCGGCGUCGGGGCGCUCUUAAAGGGCCAGCGCUCGCGGGCGGCCGCCCGCCCCCUGGCGGGACAGCCCGCGGGGCCCUCGGGCCGCCGGUUCAGGUCGCAUCGUCAAUGGCCUUUAAUUUUUUUUUUUUUUUAAAUCGGUUUUGGGUUGUUUUUUUUUUUUGUUGGGAGGGUGGG